GCGUUAAGUGUGCACUAAUUGCGUGUAUUUGUCAACAAAAGAGAUAUCAUAAGAUUUACGCGAGCAGAAACAAUCUAGUAGCCGCUGCUGGAAAUGAGCGCAAACCCGAAGAGCGUUAAGCUUGGCCACGUUGGUGGCGGCUUCGGCAUUAGUAUGUCGGCAGUUGGGGGCGGCUCAGGUAAAUUGUCUGCCAGCAACAAUAGUGGUACGGGUGGCAGCAAAUCUACAUCUGCUAGUGGGCCAGGAGGUGCGCACGCCCAUGCCGGCGAUACAGAUGUUUUCAUGACCAGCAGCGGCGUGGUCAUACCUCUAAUACGCACUAAGGAUGUGCCAAAACAAUUACCCACUAUAGCAGCUGCAUUACAACGGCCAUCCGAUGAUCAUCUAGCAGCUGAGGAACUAGACGCGGUGCAAUUGGAACUGGAGCUCAUGUUAUCUAAUGUGGCGCUGCGUGCACGUGUGCUCAAGGCGGAAUAUGACAAUAUGGAUAAGGAUGAAAAACGCAAUGAUCGACGAAAAUUUGAACGAAUGCCUGGUUCACCGCCAGCCACUAUGCUUAACGGUCUACUAGGAAUUACGGGCUCAAACAGUGUUGGCAGUCCAGCAUCGGGGGCAUCUAAACGCAAGCGUGACGAACCUACAGGUGUGCGCAAGAAGCACUCCUCUAUGACCAUCCUAAAGCAACAAACUGGAGCGUCUUCAUCGUCAUCAUCAAAACAUGCCAAAAACAGUCCCAUGGCUGUACAUACAGAUGAUAGCAUGGACUGCAUGCCUAAUGCUAUGCCUGGGGCCACUGCAUUGCCCAGUUUGGGCAACAAUGGCCAGCGCAGUGACCACCAGCAGUCCCAACAAAUGCCCAAAAUGGCUGUGCCCAAAAAUGACAUGCCCAACAAAUUCUGGCUAUCAGUCGAGCCCUAUUGCAUGCCGCUGACAAACGAAGAUUUUCGUCUGAUAGAUGAUCUUCUCGAGCAAUAUCGCGGUCCACUGGUGCCGCCUAUUCCAACACUAGGGCCGCAUUACUCUACCGUUUGGGCACAGGAGGACAUGAAAUGUCUACAGCCUGGUGGUGCACGAAUGAAGUCACAAAAUUCUCUCGCAAUGCUUAAGAAAGCGGAGGGUCUUGUGGAAGAGAAUAUAACGGGGCCGUUGACGCAGCGUCUAGUCUCGGCUCUUAUUGAAGAAUCCCUCCUCACAUUGCCCAGCGAACAGGCGGCUGUGGGUGAGCAUAGCAAUAGUAACAGCACCACGACGAGCAGCAACGAGAAUACACACACCUCAUCUACAAAUUCAGCUUCCGCUGCCGGCAAUUUCCGGUCCCUCUCCAUGCUCAAACAUUGCGUGGGUAUUGAGCAGCGUGUGAAAAAAGAAUUGGUAGAAAGCGGAAUUUUCGAAGCUGGUGAAUUCGCCCACGAUGAUGUCGACGAAGUGCUGAUGGAGAUAAAACGCAUCACCGCCGAGAUAAGCACAGUGGCGCAUUUUAAUAGCGAAGAGUUAAAACGAUUGCGGGCCGCAGCCAGCGAAGAAAUUAAACGCAUUGAGCUUAAACGCAAGCUGGACACCGUUGAUCAGGAAAUACUCGAAUGCUACAAGCGUAUGUUGCAAUAUCGGGCCAAACGCAAGGGCCACACCCUCGAAGAGAAACAAGAGAUAAUGCGUCUGACUAAUGAGCAGCGAACGCUCGCCGAGCAGCUAGAUCGUAUAUACAUGUUCAUGCCGGGCUCGGGUGGGGAUCAGAAAUUGUAGGACAGGACUAUGGCCUGGACUUGGCGCCAACUUAUGGUGCUGCAUCUACAGGUGCAGCACAACGGAUUGUGAAAAAAGACCUAUAUAAAAUAUCGAAAAACCUCAAUACACUAAUAAUUAAGGUGAAAGCUGUUCAGAUUAUGGAGCCUUUGUACGAUUAAAAUAUAAAGUCUUUAAAGUUUUGGAUUCAAUUUUGUCCACAUAUCACUCAUCAUGUAAUAUUUUGAUUAUCGGUAAUUUGCGUCCAAAAUUGUAUAUAUUUAAGAGUCCCUGAAAAUGUUUCCUUUUGCAUGAUCUUUAUUAAUUACUUUUAGCAGCUUAAAUUUUGCCCAUUCAAAUCGGAAUAUGUAAAUAGAUAUAUAACGUUUUAAGCUAAAAAAUUGGUUCUUCAGAAAGUAAAAUGAUUUUGUUAAAUUACUCUGUAUUUUUGUAUAAAUACGGAACGGCCGCAAUCACUUCAAUAAUAUUUUUGUUUUCUUUAUGUAUAAGUUCAAAGCUAUCAAUUUCUAUAUUUACCAUUGAAUGAAUUAAGAUGAAGUUGUUAUAAUUUUGUAUAAUGUUCAUAAUCCAUAUAAAUAUAAAUAAAUACCUAACCACCUUUAUAUUCUUUAUGUAUAAGUUCAAAGCUAUCAACUUUUAUAUUUCUUAUAAUUGCAUGAAUAAAGAUGAAGUUGUUAUAAUUUUUUAUAAUGUUCAUAAUCCAUAUAAAUAAAUAUCUAACCACCUCUUGUCUAAAAUAUUUUAUGAUUUCAUAGUCUGAACAAGCUAACGACUGAAUAAAGUUUCAGUUUGUACAUUAAUAACGAA